CAGUCACAGGACAAUAAAACACUUGGCACCCUGCGUAAGCAGUUGCUUAGUUACAGUUAAACAGGACAAAGCCUCUUCGGAAUACAGAUCCACCCCGAUUCUCAAGCAGUUCUCUUGCAUGGACCUCGUUUAAAAAAUCUUCAUGGCUAAGGGGAAGAGAGCAAGUGGAGACAAAGGCACCAAGAUAACUUUAAAAAUGGCCAAAAAUGCCCUGAGAGUAACUCCAGAGGGCAAACUACGACUUGAUCUCAGCAACAUCGGCAUUACCGUGUUUCCCAAGUGUCUGCUAAAACUAAGGAACUUACAGGAACUUGAUCUGAGCCGGAACAAAUUAAAAACAAUCCCAGAAUUCAUCAGCCAGUUUACAGCUUUGCAUUGGUUAGACCUUCACAGCAACCAUAUUGAGCAGCUACCUGAAAGCAUUGGACGCCUGGGAUCUCUGGUCCACCUGAACCUCUGUAACAACAAACUAGACUCGACCGGCCUUUCACCUGAAAUAGGAAGUCUGAAGCACCUCCAGGUUUUGAACUUGGGUAUGAACCGUCUGACCACCCUCCCUCCCACCUUGGUUGCUCUAACAAACCUGACGGAGCUGAGCCUUUUUGACAACUUGCUCACAGAGGUACCCGAAUGCCUCCACGUGCUGCCCAACCUGAGGAAGCUCAACACAAAUCGCAACCCUGUGGCUUACACACUGGUAGACGGCAAUGCCCCCGACUGCGUAAAGACGGCGGGAAAUCUGUAUUUGGUCAGAGAAGAAGAUUUCUGCCAGCCUUGCCUAGAGAAGUGUAAGGAGGAAAGGCAAAGAUUCAGAAAGAACAAUCUGUUCGAUCACAGAUCACAAAGGAAGAGUCAUUUUUCAGGGCUGAUCACGCCAAACUCAGUAGCUCGAGGUAAUCAAGAUAUGUGGCGGCAAAAGACUCUUUUCUCACCUCAGACAUCUAAUAAAGGACACGCCAGACCUGCUGAAGAUACCAAUAAAUGGUCUUUUACGUACAACUGUUAAUAUUUGAAUGUCCACCUGUAUUUUAAUGAAUAAAACUAUGGCUUAGACAAUGUGAGAUGUACCUUUUGUGCAGAAUAUUUAAGUAAGGAAUAAUGUAUAGGCAGCCGGUUGUUACUGCAGAAAUAAGCCCUGACAGUGUGAUCAGGACCCGACACGAAUCGGAGGCUUAUUUCUGCCUGCACAUUAUCUCAUGUUUUACAUGGCUAUUUACCUCAUAAGUAAGGUGAGGAACAUUAAAUAUUGAUAAGACAACACAUUCAAUGUCAAGAACACACUAUUUCAUUUAAACAUUUGUAAAUAUAAUGUCAUAUAUGUUAUUAAAAGACAUUUAUGUAUAUAUUGUUUGUGUAAUAUUUAAAGGACAUUCCACUUUUUAAAAAAAAAGCUAAUUUUCCAGCUCCCCUAGAGUUAAACAUUUGAUUUUUACCGUUUUGGAAUCCAUUCAGCUGAUCGGUAACAUUUUUAGCAUAGCUUAGCAUAAUUCAUUGAAUCUGAUUAGA